AUGUUUCCAAUCGAUCUUGCCAAACUAGCCACCUUAUAGUCUAAGGUAUAAAAUACACUUAUCUUGCAUAUAUAUCUAUACUUACGUUAUAAAAAUACUUAUAUUCCUAAUAAUUAUGUUAGAGAUUAGAAUCAGACUUCAAGGUACUAGGGAGGAUAGGAAAGGGUGGAUUCUCUAAAGUUUAUAAGGUGAACAACUUAUUGGAUAAGAAUACCUAUGCUUUAAAAAAAGUAUAUUGUGUUUAUAAAUUUUAUAGAUUGAACUCAAAGCUAAAGACAUAAAAGACAGUCUUGAGAAAAAUAUUGAAAGAGCAUAGAGAGGUAUAUAAUGUUGAUCAAUAAGUUCCUUAGAAGCCAAAUACUUAGCCCGUCUAUCACAUCCCAAAAUUAUAAGAUAUUUCAAUUCUUGGGUAGAAGUUAUGUAGAACAAAUUAGAUUCAAAAAUGAUGAGAAAAUAAGAGUAAGAUUAAAAUGAUUUUGUUAUUGAACGAAAUAAUUUUAGUUUUUGUGAUUCUUAAUCGAAUUCAAGGAAUGAUCUUGAAAAUUUAAUAAUGUUUAAAGACACUUAAAAUGAAUAGAUAAGUUAUUCAGAAUAAGAAAAUGAAAUAUAACCAAAAUCUAGAGUAAGUAGAAAGAAACAAAAUCACAAUACUUAGAAUAAGAAAUCAACUAGUCAAGAUGAGAAAAAAUUAGAGUUUGAUAAAAUCAUAUUUUAUAUCUAAACUGAAUUUUGUUAAGAAACAUUAGAAAAUUAUUUGUAAUAAAGAAAUAAUGAAUUACUUAAAUUAAAGAAAAAGAAUAUUGAAAAAUAUUAAACUAAACUUUAAAAAUAUGAAAAAGAAGCUAAAUUAAUAUUAGAAUAAAUUAUAAAAGGAUUAGAUUAUUUACAUAAUGAAUGCAAAUUAGUUCAUCGUGAUUUAAAACCAGGAAAUAUCUUUAUGAAUAGUCCAGAAGAUGUUAAAAUAGGUGAUUUUGGUUUAGUAACUAAAUUAAAAUAAUUCUAUGAUUUUGAUGAUUAAGAUAAUGAUGAUGAUAUUUGUACCAAAAUGUAUGCUGCUCCUGAAUAAAUCAUUUAAAAUAUUAAUAAAGCAUUUUAUGAUUAAAAAAGUGAUAUUUAUGCUUUAGGAUUAAUAAUACUGUUAUUGUUUCAUCCAAUAUCUACUUCAAUGGAAAUGAUUAAAGUAAUUAAUGAUGCCAGAAAAGGCAUAUUACCAUCAAUACUUAGAGAUAGACAUAGUAAAAUAGCUGAAAUAAUACUGGAAUGUUUGAAUAAUGAUCCUAAAUAAAGACCAAAUAUUAAUGAAAUAAGUUUUUAAGAUUCAUCUAAUUCAUUGUCUUCAUCAAAAAAAAGUAGUAAUGAAUUUAGUAGUGAUACAACUGAUUAUAUUAUUAAAAAUAUUGGUAUAUGCUAAGUCAAAUUUGAAGAUGAGGAUAUUUAAGAGAAGUAAUAAUUUUAAUAAUAAAUUUAGAUAUUUGAUUUUUAAUAAUAGAUAAAUUUAGAUUUUUAAAAAUUAGAAAAGUUUAAAGGCUUAAAUGAUUUAUAAUCUUAAUGAAUGCAAUAUAUCUUAUAUUGAUGAUAAGAUUGUUAUAUAACACAGUUAAUUAGAAAACUUUUCAUUUACAACUACACAUAAUUAUUUAUAAGAUAUUUAUGAUCAAUUAUGUGAACUCACUUAAUCAUUCAAUUGA